GGCCAAGUUUCCCGCCUCUUCAGUUUAUUUACGUUCGCAUAACCGUUAAAUCCAAUCCGACUUUAUUUGGGUUUUAUGUUGUUAUCAGCAAAAAAUGUAUAUUAAAAUAAGAAAGUUGGGUGCCCCACAAGGAGAAAAGGACACGAUCAUCAAUAUUUCUAAAAUGGGCCUCAUUCAAGAACUGAGAGAAUUAAUUUUUAAGGAAACCAAUGUUGAAAUCGACCACCAGUUGCUUCUGUACAAAGGAAAACAGCUUAUAAACGAUCACAAGGUGGUGGACUAUGAUAUUCAAUUAAAUGAUGUUAUUCAACUUAUUGUACGGAAGCCACAACAGUCUGAAAAAAAUUCAGAUAAAAAUAAAACAGAGGGGGAUACAAAGGAAAAUAAACCAGAGAAAAAACUUGUUGAAGCUGAAAGUAAAUUUUAUAAACGUGGUGAUAUAAUCGACGUGGUUAUUGACAGUAACAAUGGCGCUUGGUACGAGGCCAUAAUUGAUAAAAUAUUGAAGCCUGAAGAUUGUGACUGCACUGAGGAUGAAAGUCAAUUAAUUUUUAAAGUAAAAAGUGAUGAAAAUAUUGUUAUACCAUUUAAUUUAGAAGUCUCUAUUGAUGAAAUUAGGCCAAGAAGUUUUUAUACAUAUAAAAUUACAGAAUUGAAGGAAGGAAUGAUUGUUUUGGCAAAUUAUAAUAUUGAAGAUACAAAAACAAGGGGUGCUUGGUUUGACUUUAAAAUCGCGUCUGCGGCAAUGCGAAAUGUAAAAGGGACCCUUUUGGUUGGAAAAGAUAAAACACCCCUUGAAGAUUGUACAUUAAAAUUCACAGAUGAAAUAAUGAGAAUAGAACCUAGGACAUUAAUUAGUGAAAGGACUCAAAGGGGUCAAAAAAAACCUCCAUUUAGAAAAUAUCCAUAUUAUUGUGAUAAAUGCAAAGAUGUUAAAACAAGAAAGUGCAGGGAUUGUGGAUGUAAGAUUUGUGCUGGGAAAGACAACAUUGAUACUUUAAUAUUAUGUGACGAAUGUGAUUAUGGAUUUCACACAACUUGUUUAGAUCCUCCAUUAGACAAAGUACCUGAUGAAGAAGAAUGGUAUUGCCCAGAUUGUAAAACUGAUGAUAGUGAAAUAGUUAAGGCUGGCGAGAAGUUAAAGAUCAGUAACAAGAAAAAGAAAAUGGCAAGCAGUAAAAAUGAUUCAAAACGUGAUUGGGGAAAAGGAAUGGCUUGUGUAGGCAGGACCAAAGAAUGCACUAUUGUUCCAAAGGAUCAUUAUGGACAAGUUCCUGGUGUUGAAGUUGGAACCUGUUGGAAAUUUAGAUUACAGGUCUCUGAAGCUGGAAUUCACCGACCUCACGUGGCUGGAAUACAUGGUCGUGAGACAGACGGUGCCUACAGCCUAGUUUUAAGCGGGGGAUACGAAGACGACAUCGACAACGGGGAGGAAUUCUUUUACACCGGUUCUGGAGGUCGAGAUCUUUCCGGCAAUAAGAGAGUAAACGACCAAAGUUGCGAUCAAAAACUGACAAGAAUGAACAAGGCUCUGGCAAUGAACUGUCAUGCAAAAUUCAACGACAAGGAUGGAGCGGAAGCGGUCGACUGGAAAGCCGGGAAACCCGUAAGAGUUGUCAGAAAUUAUAAACUGGGUAAGCAUUCAAAGUAUGCUCCAAAGGACGGUAACAGAUAUGACGGUGUAUACAAAGUUGUUAAAUAUUAUCCUGAGAAAGGAAAAUCAGGUUUUAUUGUAUGGCGAUAUCUUUUGAGACGAGAUGAUCCCACACCGGCGCCAUGGGAAGAAGGCGGUCAAGAGUUUGAUAUGAUUUAUCCCCCUGGUUAUUUGGAAGCACAGGAAGUUGAGAGUAAAAAAGAAAACGGAAACAAAUCUAACAAAAAGUCACCAACAAAGGGUACAAAAAGGAAAGCCACUCAAGAAAGUGGGCUUAAACAAUUAACAGAUUUUUUCAAUUGUACACCAAAAAAAGCAAAAGUGGCGCAGUACAAACUGACUACAGAAGUUGAGGAAUUGAUUGAAAAAGAUGAAUUAAACGAAAAGCUUUGGGAGGAAUGCAAGACUUAUAUUAAAGAUGGAAAACUGAAAUUUUUGGAAAAGGUUGAAGAAAUAUUUAUGUGCAUUUGUUGUCAGGAAGUUGCAUAUCUUCCAGUCACAACAGAAUGCAAACACAACAUCUGCAAAUCGUGUUUGAAACGAUCUUUUUCUGCAAAAAUUUACACAUGUCCUUACUGCAGGUUUGACUUGGGGGAGAAAUAUAUUAUAAAGGUGAAUGAAACAUUAAGUGAUACCUUGAAGUUAUUAUUCCCUGGAUAUGAAGCUACAAGAUGAUAAUGUAAUUUUUAAUUUUUUGUUUUAUUGUUUUUUAGUUGUAAUUGUAAUCGUAAUUUUUAUUAAUUGAUUCACGAAAUCGUUCUUUAUUGAAUUCUAUUGUGUGCAUAUAAAUCUAAUAAAUCAUGUUUACUUAA